GUAAAAUAUAAUCAGUCCGCAGCAUAUCAAUUAAGCCAAAAUUCGAUAAAUUGAAAUGUUGAGUCAAUUUAAUAGUUGUAAUAAAGAGAAAGUUAGAUUCAGAAUAUAUCCUAUAUUAAAUAGGAAAUAUACUAUUCCACUUAAAGCAACAAAAAAAAUUCAGCCCUCACUACCGUAAUCAUAUUACAAUUAAGAGUCAUAUUACAAUUUCAUUCUCAUCCUCUCAUUAUUCUUUCUUCCCUUCAAUUUUUUUUUUCACAAAUACGAUAAAACUUAAAUAAACAUGCCUGGUUUGUUCAUCUUCAUAGCUUUGCUUCUGAGUUCUUGUACUGGAUUGUCGACAGCAACUGAUCAAACUUGUGGUAACAAAGUGGUAAACACAAUCUUCGUUGACCUAGCCGGUUCAGGAAAACACAGAACCGUUCAAUCUGCCAUUGAUUCUGUUCCUGAACCCAAUUCUCAAUGGAUCAAAAUCAAAAUAAAAGGAGGUGUCUACGUAGAGAAAGUGGAAAUACCGUUGACGAAACCGUGCAUAAUAGUAGAAGGAGAGGGACAAAGAGUCACGACCAUCACGUACAAUGCUCACGCAGCCACUGAUGUCAGCUCCACUUUCACCUCCCACCCAUCCCAUGUUGUCGUCAGAAACUUAACAAUCAUGAAUUCGUAUAAUCGUUUGAGUAUUCGAAGUAGACCGAGUUGGGAUAUAAAGCCAGCGGUAGCGCUUACGGUUUAUGGCGAUAAAUCAGCGUUCUGCAACUGCGGUUUCUUGGGGUUACAAGAUACGUUGUGGGAUGUUCAAGGCAGACAUCUCUUCAAAAACUGUUACAUCGAAGGUGCUAUUGAUUUCAUUUUUGGUAGUGGCCAAUCUAUCUACGAGGACUGUCAUAUAAAUGCAACGGCGGGCGUAUUGGCACCAAUAGUGAACUUUGGGUACAUAACGGCUCAAGCAAGAUGGAGUCUCAAGGACCCGAGUGGGUUCGUGUUCUUACGUGGAAGUGUUACAGGGACCAUGAAUGUAUACCUUGGACGAGCCUAUGGUCCAUUCAGCCGAGUCAUUUUCUUCCAAACAGAUCUCGCUUCUGUCGUUGUCCCUCAGGGCUGGUUCCCUUGGAACUACGCUGGCCACGAAUCAAGGUUCACGUACGCAGAAGUUGAGUGUAAAGGAGCAGGAUCGCAUUUAUCUAGAAGAGUUCCUUGGAUUAACAAAGAUGUUUCUACGCUCGCUAAGGACCAAUUUGCUACCUACUCUUUCAUUGACCAAGAUGGAUGGCUCUCUAAUAUUCCUCCUUUCUAAUGAAACUCGCUUUAAUUUGUUGUUACCAAAUUAUUUUCUACUCUUGUUGAAUAGAAUAUUAUUGUGUUUAAUCUUCUUUAUACAGUGUUAUUUCUGUGGACAUACUACCAUUUAUCUCUAAAGCAUAUGUUGCCUACUAAAACGUUCUCAUCGUUUUGUAUCGUUCUUAAACUUUAUAUAUCAGUUGUUGCGGCCUCUUUGAUAUUGUGCAGCUU